CAGAGCGGCGGCGGGCGCGGGCGGAAGCGGCGGCGGGCGCGGGGCAGGGCCGGGCCGGGGGCGGUCGGUGCCUCCGUCCGCCUCCGCGGGGCGCGGGCGCCAUGGCGGAGCCCGGGCGGCCGCAGCGGAAGCUGUCCCGGGUCGGGGAGAGCCUCUACCGCGUCCUGGGCCUGCAGAAGGGCAGCUCCCCCGAGGAGAUCAAGAAGGCCUACCGGAGGCUGGCGCUCAAGUACCACCCGGACAAGAACCCCGAUGACCCGGCGGCGGCCGAGCGCUUCAAGGAGAUCAACAGCGCCCACGCCACGCUGAGCGACGAGGACAAGCGCCGUCUCUACGACCAGUACGGCUCCCUGGGGCUCUACGUGGCCGAGCAGUUCGGCGACGAUGCCGUCAAGCACUACUUCCUCAUGUCCAAGUGGUGGUUCCAGGCCCUGGCUCUGUGCUGCAGCGCUCUCACCUGCUGCUGCUGCUGCUGUUGCUGCUUCUUCUGCUGCGGGACGUGCUGCCCGCCGAAGGAGGACGAGUCCUACAAGUACGUCGACCCCAAGGACCUGGAGGAGCAGAUGCGUGCGGAGGACAGCGAUCCACAGAUACCUGUUGUGGCACAGCCCCCGCCUGCCAGCACAGAGCCCUUGCCAUCUGUCAGCACCAGGACUGAUGCCUGAGGCUGGCCUCAGUCCCACCGGCUCCCCCAGGAAUCGGGGCAGGGAUCCUCCUUCGGCACUGUCACUUUCCGGGACCCCGGUCACACCACCCAUGGUGGCUCUCCAGCCUUAGGGUGGCUAGAAUCUCAGGUUAAUUUGGCCAGCAUCAACGCAGAGGCUCUUCUGCCCCUGCUCGAGCUCCAGAGUGAUGCUCCUGUCUCCCAGUACUGGUGGUGGAAGUGGCCUGGAGCCUACGCUGCUGCGCCCCAUCCCCAGUGCCUCGCCUGCUGCUGUGCCUCCGCCUGGCCCCAGGCACUGGCAGCCGGCCUGAGCAGCCACAAGCAGAGACCUCUCCAGGCCAGGCUCCGUAGCUUAUGAGAGGUAGCCGAGCAUAUCCGAGACCGUUAGCACUGUAACCUGGGCUGAGCCCGCUACCUGCCCUCAUGGGGACCCUCCUGAUGGGUGCUGGGUGCCAAACGCUGCUCAUGGGGUUGGGGUGCCACCUUCUGUACCCCCUUCCUCUCUGCCCUGCCACGGGCCCGGGGCACUGGCUGCAGCCCACCCUCGCUGCUGCUGGCAGGCUCCCUGCAGGGCUGGGACCCAUACAGGCACUUUCCUUGGGUUUGGAUAGGUUUUAUGGGUACCAUUAAAGGAUGACAGGAGGGGA